AUGGGCCAGAUUGUAUUAGACAAUGAGAACAUUGACCUUGUCAUUAGGAACUCAAGGUCAAGUUCAUACAAGUAUGUCAGCAGUAACAAUCCCUGUGGGGAUAUGGGCUGUGAUGGGAGGAUUGGCGAAGAACUUGGAGAUGUAGAGCAUAGAGCACUUGACGCUGGUGUUCCCAAGGACUGUCUGAUUACAACAACGUCACGGAAAUUGGAUCGAGAACAGCAGGCAGAACAUUUUCUGGAGGUGACUGUGACAGAUGGCGGUUCCUCUCCAAAACAGUCCACCAUUUGGGUGGUGGUUCAGGUUUUGGAUGAAAAUGACAAUAAACCCCAGUUCCCAGAGAAGGUCUACCAGAUCAAGCUGCCAGAACGUGACCGAAAAAAGAGGGGAGAACCCAUUUAUAGGGCUUUUGCAUUUGACAGAGAUGAAGGCCUCAAUGCAGAAAUCUCCUACAGUAUUGUGGAUGGGAAUGAUGAUGGAAAGUUUUUUAUUGACCCUAAAACUGGCAUGGUUUCUUCCAGAAAGCAGUUUACAGCAGGAAGUUAUGACAUCCUAACGAUAAAGGCAGUGGACAAUGGGCGCCCACAGAAAUCCUCCACGGCCCGCCUCCACAUUGAAUGGAUUAAGAAACCACCCCCCUCACCUAUACCGCUGACUUUUGAUGAGCCGUUUUAUAACUUCACAGUCAUGGAAAGCGAUAGAGUCACCGAGAUUGUGGGGGUGGUGUCUGUGCAACCAGCCAACACCCCUCUGUGGUUUGACAUAGUUGGGGGGAAUUUUGACAGCUCUUUUGACGCAGAGAAGGGUGUUGGGACCAUUGUCAUUGCAAAACCUUUGGAUGCAGAACAGAGGUCCAUCUAUAAUAUGAGUGUGGAAGUCACCGAUGGAACAAAUGUUGCUGUCACUCAGGUAUUUAUCAAAGUGCUGGAUAAUAAUGAUAAUGGCCCAGAAUUCUCUCAGCCAAAUUACGAUGUCACAAUCUCUGAGGACGUGCUUCCAGAUACAGAGAUCUUGCAGAUUGAAGCCACAGAUAGAGAUGAGAAGCACAAGUUGAGCUACACUGUCCACAGUAGCAUCGACUCGGCCAGCAUGAGGAAGUUCCGGAUUGAGCCCAGCACGGGCGUGCUCUACACUGCCGAGAGGCUGGACCACGAGGCCCAGGACAAGCACAUCCUCAAUGUCAUGGUCAGAGAUCAGGAGUUUCCUUAUCGAAGAAACUUGGCCCGAGUCAUUGUGAACGUGGAAGAUGCUAAUGAUCACAGUCCUUAUUUUACCAACCCAUUGUAUGAAGCAUCUGUGUAUGAAUCGGCUGCUCUGGGAUCAGCUGUUCUGCAAGUGACGGCUCUGGACAAAGACAAAGGGGAAAAUGCAGAACUCAUAUAUACCAUAGAAGCAGGAGGACUGUGCCCAGGGUCCAGCGAUCCUUGCAUGGAGAAGCCAUGUCCAGGGGACAUGCAGUGUGUCGGUUAUGAAGCCAGCAGGAGACCCUACCUCUGCCAGUGUCCACCAGGGAAGCUCGGAGAGUGCUCAGGGCACACUUCUCUCAGCUUUGCUGGAAACAGUUACAUCAAAUACCGCCUAUCUGAAAAUAGCAAAGAAGAGGACUUCCGGCUAGCUCUGCGUCUACGAACCCUGCAAAGCAACGGGAUUAUAAUGUACACCAGAGCAAAUCCCUGCAUAAUUCUGAAGAUCGUGGACGGCAAGCUGUGGUUCCAGCUGGACUGUGGCAAUGGCCCGGGGAUCUUGGGCAUUUCCGGCCGCGCCGUCAACGAUGGGAACUGGCACUCGGUCUUCCUGGAGCUCAACCGCAAUUUCACGAGCCUGUCCCUGGACGACAGCUACGUGGAGCGGCGCCGGGCACCCCUCUACUUCCAGACGCUAAGCACGGAGAGCACCAUCUACUUCGGGGCGCUGGUGCAGGUGGAUAACAUCCGCAGCCUAACGGACACGCGGGUCACGCAGGUGCUGAGCGGCUUCCAGGGCUGCCUGGACUCGGUGGUGCUGAACAACAACGAGCUCCCGCUGCAGAACAAGCGUAGCAGCUUCGCCGAGGUGGUGGGCCUGACCGAGCUGAAGCUGGGCUGCGUGCUCUACCCCGACGCCUGCGAGCGCAGCCCGUGUCAGCACGGGGGCAGCUGCGCCGGCCUGCCCUCCGGGGGUGAGUGCACCGCGCCCGGGCGCCUGCCGGACAGGGGUGCGAGGUGGAGGGGCUGGAUCAACCUGCGAGGGACUGGCUUUUACAAGCCUCACCCACUCGAGUGCUCUCGCUGGGAGGCGUAG